AUGAGACCCGGUAAACUUCUCAUACGGAGACUAGAUGUACUGCCGGCUGUUCUGCUGCUCCUGCACCUGGCUGAAACGGCAACCAGAGCUGCAGCGAUGGUGUCCAGCAGGGUUGCGGUAGAGAGCAGUUGUCCUCUGGGACAAUUCCCCUGUGGUAACAUGUCGGUGUGUCUGCACCAAGCUCUGCAGUGUAAUGGAUACAGAGACUGCCCCAAUGGAGCUGACGAGGAGAACUGUGGGGACAACAGUGGAUGGGCGGACAUCUUUGAUCGAACCAUCAGGAAGGUCGACACAUUGGGUCUACCAGUACCAGAAGACUGCUUCUUGCAGCAGUACCCACAGCAUUGUGACUGUAUCAAGACAGACCUGGAGUGUGUGGAAGUCAACCUACAUGACGUUCCUCAAAUCUCCACCAAUGUCACCUGGCUGUCUCUGAAGAGUAACAAGAUAAAACUCCUGUCUGACAACAUCUUCUCCAAAUACACACACCUGCAGAGACUGUUCCUACAGAAUAACAGCAUCCAGACCAUAUCCAGUCAAGCCUUCAGUGGACUCUUCAAACUAGAGAGACUGUUUCUUAGUGUGAACUCCAUUUCAUCUCUCAAACUGGGUGUGUUCAGUGAUCUCCGUAACUUAUGGUGGCUGGUGUUGGAUCAUAACCCUCUGAAAAGUAUCUCCCAGGACACCUUCACUGGCCUCACCUCCCUCAUGUUCCUCUCCAUGGUGAAUACAUCUCUCGUGCAGAUCCCCCAGCCCAGCCUCUGUCACCACACUCCUAACCUCAGCUGGGUGGAUUUUGAGGGGAACCAGAUCUUAACCAUCAACUACUCCACUCUGAUGACCUGCAGCAAGCUCACAGUGCUCCUCCUGAUGGACAAUAGGAUUCACUCUCUUCCUGAGUUCUCUUUUCAGUCUCUGGAGCUGCUGGAAGAACUAGACCUGUCCAACAACCGGAUUACUGAGCUCCCCAACAACACCUUUAAGAGCUUAAAGUCCCUCGUCAAACUGAACAUAUCCCAUAAUCCUUUGUUCCACAUCCACCCGGGUCACUUUGAUGACCUGACCCAGCUCCAGUCCCUGGGUCUGGAAGGUAUUGAGAUUCCAGACAUCCAGACGAAGAUGUUUCUACCUAUGAGAAACCUAUCACACAUCUACUUCAAGACGUUCCAGUACUGUUCCUAUGCGCCCCACGUGAGAACGUGUAAGCCCAACACAGACGGUAUCUCUUCCUUCGAGGACCUGUUAGCCAACGUGGUGCUCAGGGUCUCUGUGUGGGUCAUGGCCUUCAUCACAUGCUUCGGGAACCUCUUCGUCAUCGGGAUGAGGUCCCUCAUCAGAGCAGAGAACAACCUGCACGGCGCCUGUAUCAAAGUCCUCUGCUGUGCAGACUGUCUGAUGGGAGUGUACCUGUUCUUUGUCGGUGUGUUCGAUGUGAAGUUUCGAGGGGAGUACAAUCGGAACGCUCUCCUGUGGAUGGAGAGUGUGGAAUGUCGAACCAUCGGAUUCCUGGCUAUGCUCUCCUCAGAGGUAUCAGUUCUGCUGCUAACCUAUCUGACGCUCGAGAAGUUUCUGGUCAUAGUGUUUCCCUUCAGUCACCUGAGACCUGGAAAACUACAGACUGUGGUGGUGCUGGUGUCUAUCUGGGUGCUGGGGUUCAUCAUCGCCGUGGUUCCCCUGAUGAAUGAGGACCUGUUUGGGAACUACUAUGGUCGUAACGGGGUCUGCUUCCCCCUACACUCAGACAGACAGGAGAAGCUCACUGCUAAAGGAUACUCUAUCGGCAUAUUCCUGGGUCUGAACCUGGCAGCGUUCCUGGUGAUCGUGUUCUCCUACUCCUCCAUGUUCUACUCCAUCUAUAAGACUGGUAUCAAUGCUACAGACUUGAGGAGCAGGCUACACAGAGACGUGGCUGUAGCUAACAGGUUCUUCUUCAUCGUCUUCUCCGACGCCCUCUGCUGGAUCCCCAUCUUCCUGGUCAAAAUACUGUCCCUGCUGCAGGUCGAGAUACCAGGUACCAUCUCAUCCUGGGUGGUGAUCUUUAUAUUACCCAUCAACAGCGCCCUGAACCCUAUCCUCUACACACUGACUACCAGCUUCUUCAGAGAACAGGUGGAGGUGCUGUUGUGUCGCUGGCAGAGAAGGUCGACCCUGAAGAAGAACAGAAAGAGCCUGACCGCCUCUACUGUAUUCAUAGAGGCCUCACGGAAUACAUACUACCAGCCGCCAGCAUACCUGCCUACUGUACCCCGGAUAUCACAGACUGAUACGGAUCCUUGCUAUGGGUGAGGGG